AUGUCCUUCUUCUAUAACCUAAACGCCGCAGCUGAUUUCUUGGCGGUCGAAGACGACCAACAAGCGAACGGACCCUCAGUCGAUACCAAUGCUACCCCGACCCUACCAGACACCAACAGAAUUUUAUCAGAAGGAUCCCCUAGAGCAUCAGCUAAACGUCUGGCUUGCAACGCUUGUCGUGACCGCAAAGUCCGAUGCAACAGACAACACCCUAUAUGUGGGAGGUGUGCAAAGCUGGGACACAACUGUGUCUACUCCAGCCCUUCCAAGCAGUCUGUUUCCAAAUUAGACCUUUCUCGACUUUUACUUGUUCUCCAUAAUCGACUCGAACAAGCAGAGGCCCAAAUAGCAUUUAAUGCACCAGCUCCAAAUGUCAACCAACUUUCUUACCCAUGGGGUGCAGUGCCAGCAGCCCAAGACUCCAUUGAGGCGAUCCCUAUUCCGGAACCGGCUCCCUUGCGACCCCUUUCACGGUCCCCGCCGCAAGACCCACAAAAGGCCGGCCGGGGGACUAUGGGGAGUAUAUCAAGUAUCACCAUGUCAGAAAUAGCCAAUGAAUGGUACAAUAACACGAAUGAACAAAGUGACCCGUUUGAGCGGGCUAUUUCGGCCGAAUUCUCAGGGACCCAAUCCGUGAACGAUACUUUUGAUGUUGAUCCUCUCUUUCAAGAAAUCUCACCUCCAUUUAGCGAAGUCUGCAGCGAACCCUCCUCCUCCAAGAUACCGACAUCUCUCUUUCCCCAGUUGCAUGCCAGCUUCUUCGAUAUUUUCUACCCAAUUUUACCAUGUAUCAACCGCGUCCGCUUCCAAGCCGAGCUCGCCCAAUCGCCGAAUUCCACCCACGUUCAGGCGCUCUCCCAUGCUAUUGGAGCUUUGGGUGCAUUAGCUACCCCUGAGCUUGGUUGUGCUCUGGGGCCGUGUUAUAGCCAGGCCCGUACCUUACUCGAAAGGUGCGAGAGGCAGGAAAACAGCACUAGUCUUCUUAAUAUCGACACCCUACAAGCAUACGUACUGCUCAGUUUCUACGAAUUCCAGCAACCGAACUUUGCCAGGGCAUGGAUAACACUGGGGCGGGCCAUCCAGCUCGCUAAACUGAUGUUCCUGGACAGGAACAAUCAACCCACUAUCCCUACAGAUGCAAACCUAGGCUUCCCAUCCCCGCCACCCCCCGAUCCUGCUGAGACGGAAGAGAGACGUCGCACUUUUUGGGUGCUUUAUAUACUAGACGCAUUUGCGGCGAUGAAAAUGAAGACGAACCCGGUCUUUGAUGGACGACAGAUCUCCGUGCCGCUUCCAUGCCCUGACGAUCUCUCAAUUAUAACCGAGACUAGCAGCAUGCCGGCACUUCAGCAAGUUUGCGAGGCUGACGAUGCUCAAUUAUCAUCUUUUGCAGGUGUUAUCAUCAUAGUGUCUAUUUAUCAGCGCUGUUUUGAUCAUAGCCAGGCCUGGCUUCAGCAGCCGUCGUAUGCUUUCUGGGAUGCCCAUUAUGCUAUCGACAGGUUGAUUAUCCUCUGUCGAGAUAGCUUAUUAGCAAGCCAUAUAAGCACACAUAAUCAGGAGACUAGUGAUGUCCUGGCCUUACUACUUCGUAUGAGCAUAGGUGCCCUAGAAAUAAAGCUACAUGAAGUAGCAUGGGCUAAGAUAGAAAAGGAGAAGCUUCCGUCGAUCCUUACCACGGAGGCCAUAUCCAGGUGUCAGGCUGCCACCACGUAUAUCCUCGGGGCUAUACAGGUCGGCCAGCAGUUGAAGGGCAGCGCGUCCGAAACUUUUCGCCGCGCGAGUGUUUUCUACGCUAAGACUAUUACGAAGGCGAUAGAAUCCUGUGUGUGGAUGAUAGACCAUCCAGAAAACAAAGUUACUACGCACAUUAACGUUAUGCGUAUCCUGUCAGAUUCUCUAAGGGAGCUUGUCGACCCUAGACAUCUCCGCCUAGGAUUUUUAGAGCAAGUUGAGGCGAAAAUAGCCGAUGCUAAGAGAUCGAAGAAAAAAGCGUUUCUCUACCAUUAAAGCAGUUUCUAGAAUGGAGGCGAGGUUGAUGUAGGAUAGAUAGAUAAUGGCUUAUAAUGAGGCAUACUUACUACGUAGUAGGUAGCUGUUUAUGUGUACUAGCAGGUACUAGAUACCUAGGCGGGUUGGAUGUUCCAGUAGCUGGAAGAGAGAGAGAAAGAGAUAUCAUCGCGUUUGCAUUGAGCGGCGCGUGGUUUAUUGCUUCGAGUUUUUUGACGUUUAUGAUGAGUUAUGAAGUUUAUGGUAUUGUGAGACGGCGAUGCUGGGCCGAGCCACCGCGUGAAUAGUAAGCAGUCUUUCAGAAGAGACCUACCUACCUGCAUAAUACCCAGUAUCUAGGAGCAAAAUAACCCACAGGCCGCAUAUGGGCGUCCCGACAGUUUUCCGUCCCCGAGCUAGCUUCCUUGGU